AUUAUUUUUCUUUUUCGCAAGGUUACCUUUUUUUCUCACUCUUGUCUUUAAAAAAUUUGAAUAAUACGAUGAUCUUGCCAACUUGUGAAAUAUGUGAAGAAUCAUACCGUAGUGAAUCACGUAUUCCUAAAAACUUGAAUUGUGGGCACGUGAUUUGUCCGGUUUGUGCAUCAAAACUAUUCGAAAACCCCGAAGUGAAAUGUCCAACUUGUCGUCAGCCAAUUGAGGUGAAGGACCGAGAUGUUAAUAAUUUGGUCACAAAUUUUGGAAUGCUGAAAAUUAUUCGAGAAAUUGAAGAAAGUGGGAAAAAUAAGAAAAUUGAUACAGCUGGGCCAACGUGGUGUAAUGCUCAUCAAGAAGUUGCUAAAUUUAUUUGUGUGAAUACCGAUUGUGAUGUGAAAUGCAAGUUGAUGUGUCGAACCUGUGAGGAAUUUGGCGAUCACAAAGAUCACAAACGAGGACUGUUGAGAGAUGAAGUUAACAUGCUUAAAGCUAUUCUGAAAAAAUCUGAAGGAAGACUCAGCAAGUUCAUUGAUACCAUUGAGAACAGUUUGCGUGAUUUUGAAAAAGCUGAAAACUCACUUUCUUCUGACAGCAACGCAUUCAUGGAUACCAUAAACGAAAUAAAAGGCCAUUAUGACAGCAUGCGUAAGAAUAUUGAUGUUCGAGAGCAAAAGUCAAUUGAAGAGCUGGGCAUAUUAGCAGAGCGGCAACUUAUGGAAAAUAGGAAUAAGGUUGGAGCACUGAAAUCAGGGCAUCGUUACUUUGAAGAUAAGCUUGCUGAAAUCAAACGACUAAGUCUCUUGGAUGAAUCAAUUUUGAUUAAUGAAGCUGGAAAUAUUAAAUCAAUGGCAGAUGCAACAGAAUCAUUGGUUCAGAAUCCGUCUGCAAAUACACCAAUUCCUUUAUCAAUUCACAAUGUGAAAGUCGAAUUGCCGAAAUUUCAAUUUUGCUAGCCUGCUGCAAUAAGUUUUGGUUCUCGAUGUACAUUCAAUAUUCAAUAAACACUUGUUGUUUUCUUUCCUGAAAUUCCUCGUUAUCUUAGGAUUGAGAUCAUGAUAACAUUUGUCUGAGCAAAAGUUGUAAACCUGCUACUCUUAAAAUACGUGAUCUUUGAAAAGUUACAAUCCUUGCUAAGUUUAAAAUAUGGGGCAGAGUGUUGCGAAAAAAAAAGUUAUCUGCGUCUCGCAUUUCUUAUCUAUUUUUGGUCUUACUAUUGGCUUUCAUUCAUACAAAAAGUAUUGUUCAUUUUCUUCAAAUAUUUUUUGUUUGUUAAAACUUUUGUUAAAUGUAUUUGGUUUUUUAUUACUAUUUUGGAUAUGAUCUCCAGUGGAAUCAGCAAUUCCUGAAUAGUUACAAAUAACGACUGUGACACACUUUUCUGAUUUUUAUAAUGUGAAUUGAGUAAAAUGCAGAACGUUUCAAUGUACCACUUUCAGAUAUAUUUGAACACUAGAAUAAAUGGUCUUUCCGUAACUUGUUUAUUUUCUGAAAUAAAAUCUGU